CAUGAGGUGAGUUGGUUGCCUUGCCAAGUUCCGCUAUAAAUGUGAAGUUUGUAUAGCUGGAAAUCCCUCGCCUUCUUCGUGACGCGAGAGAGAAACAGAAGGAGAGUAGAGAAGAAGGCCAGCAGAGAGCGACAAUCGCAGCCCUAAUCCCUAAGCUAAGCCCUAUUCGUUUGGAUUCCCUGCCAUUGUUUCCUCUCUUAUGUGCUACUCGCACCUAAAUUGUUCGGAGCAUCUCCUUUUUGCCUUCGAUUGUCAGAGGAUAUUGUUAUCACGCUUUCCUUCUCGUUUUCUUGGCAAUAUUCCUGAUUAAUUAAAUCAAUCAGCCAUGGUUUUCUGGGUUUUCGGCUAUGGUUCACUGGUGUGGAACCCAGGAUUUGAUUACGAUGAGAAAAUGGUUGGAUUCAUAAAGGACUAUAGACGUGUAUUUGAUUUAGCAUGUAUUGAUCACAGGGGUACACCUGAAAACCCUGCAAGAACUUGCACAUUGGAGCAAAAAGAAGGGGCUAUAUGCUGGGGCAUUGCGUAUUGUGUUCAUGGAGGCCCUGAAAAGGAGAAACUGGCUAUGCAGUAUUUGGAGAGGAGGGAGUGCGAGUAUGAUCAAAGGAGUCUUGUAAACUUUUACAAGGAAGGAGAUUCAAUGAACCCUGCUUUAACUGGAGUUAUUGCAUUCACAUCUACCGCAGACAAAGCAAACAAAUACUACCUGGGACCUGCUCCUUUGGAAGACAUGGCGAGGCAGAUAGCAACAGCUUCUGGUCCUUGUGGAAACAAUAGAGAUUAUCUUUUUCGUUUAGAAAAGGCCAUGUAUGAUAUUGGACACGAGGAUGACUUAGUGAUAGAGCUAGCAAAUGAAGUGAGGAAGGUACUUGGUGUUGUGGGGGAUGUGACGCCAAGGGAAGGUCGACUUGCACACCCUUCUCACGUACCUAUCCCAGUUCUGCACCCACUUCCACAACCAAUUGCGUAGGACUCUUACUACUUGACCAGACCUGAGCUGACUGAAGCCCAUGCUGAAUUUGCGAGGGAAAGAAACUCGAUACGUUAUGGAUCUUGCUAACCCAUUUCUUAUGCUAGUCUUGUCUUCUGAAUUACCAUAACAUAGAAUAGCGUAGAGCAUUUCCACUAUCAAUUCACACGUUUCUUCAACUAGUGGUAGUCACUGGCUCACUGGAGAUUUCAGUGUGUUAUAGCAAGCACGCAGCCUACUGGAACGGGUAGCAAUUAGUUGUAAGAUGAGUCUGCUUCUAUUCUUCAAUUCCGGCUAGUGAAACAAUAGAUAUUUGUGUUUUAUGAAGUUUAUAUUUGUAUUUUUAACAAUAUAACUUUAUUUUUAA